AUGGCUUUAGUUCCGGGCUCAGUUGGCUAUUCUGAGACGGUCAUCUCAGUGGAUGCCUCGACUGUGCCGACAACCCCUGAUGACAGUCUGAAUGGUGGGACAGAUGAGCUUGACGAAGAAUCCAACGGCAGCAGAACCACCGUGACGGAAGACAGCGAUCCAGAAUCUAUCACCAGUGUCUCACGCGUUCGGAGUAUUUGCUGUGUUGGCGCAGGAUAUGUCGGUGGACCAACUGCAGCUGUUAUCGCGUACAAGAACCCACAUCUUCGGGUCACCAUUGUGGAUAAGGACGAACGUCGGAUUCGGAGAUGGAACUCUCAACAUCUUCCCAUCUAUGAACCUGGUCUUGCCGAGAUAGUUCGCAUUUCACGAGAUGGGCUUCGUGGAGACUCGACUCCAGCCUCUUCUGACGAAGCGACCGCAGAGCCACAGAUUUCUACUGAAGGAGAACAAGAGAGUGGCGAGCGAAACAGCACAGUUGCAUCAUUGGACAGGAAACCAAACUUGUUCUUUUCCGCCAACGUUGCCAAGUGUAUACGCGAAUCGGACAUUGUCAUAAUUGCGGUCAACACUCCCACCAAGAUGCGAGGAUCAGGUGCAGGUAGUGCAACUGAUAUGACAGCAUUUGAGGCCGUGGCUGCAGACGUCGUGCAACAUGCCAGAAACGGUGCGAUUAUUGUGGAGAAAUCGACAGUCCCUUGCAGGACAGCCCAAAUGAUUCAGGAGAUGAUUUCUGUUCGUCGGCCUGGUGUGCACUUUGAGAUUCUGUCAAACCCGGAGUUCCUCGCAGCAGGAACUGCCAUCCAAGAUCUAUUGCACCCCGACCGAGUCAUCAUCGGUUCUGCAACAACAGAAAAGGGACAAGUCGCCGCGGAGACCUUGGCUCAAGUUUAUGCUAGAUGGGUGAACCGAUCCCGCAUCAUCACCACAAACAUAUGGUCGUCGGAAUUAGCCAAACUCGUGGCUAACUCUAUGUUGGCUCAGCGGCUUAGCAGUAUCAACAGUAUCUCGGCCAUUUGUGAAGCCACAGGUGCAGAGAUCAAUGAAGUCUCUGCUUCGAUUGGAAUGGACUCUCGAGUCGGUGAUAAGUUCCUUCGGGCAGGCAUUGGAUUUGGCGGUAGUUGCUUCAAGAAGGAUGUCCUCAGUCUCGUGUAUCUUGCCGAGUCCUUGGGAUUGAAGGAGGUCGGAGCAUACUGGCGCCAAGUGGUGACCAUGAAUGAGUACCAGCGCAACCGGUUCACCAGUCGUGUCAUCAAGUGCCUAAACAACACUCUGGUCGGCAAGAAGAUCACCUUGCUCGGCUAUGCCUUUAAGAAGAACACCUCAGACACCCGAGAAGCUCCUGCCCUUGAAAUUAUCAAGACAUUACUCGAUGAGAACCCCGGAGAAAUUGCAAUUUUUGACCCUUGCUGCAACCCUUAUGUGGUUGAGAGCGAGAUUCGCCAAUUCCAAUCAUUUGGACCCCCGCCCUUGAGAGACGAUGGUGGCGCUGUGAAGGUCUACUCUGAUGCAUACGAGGCCUGCGCUUCAUCAAAUGCGAUUCUCAUUGUCACAGAGUUUGAUGAGUUCCGAAACAGCGACCCUGUUUCUUCUUCAGACCAGAAAUCCGAAUCUGCAGUUUCUGGUCAGAACAUUCCCACAAUUACACAGGAAGCGAGGAUCUCUAAGCUCGCCAAACCAGAGGAGAGCAAGAAUACAGCUUUGCCGCCAUCAAUCGAGGACAGGUUGAUUCCUCAACCUGAUUGCGCUGCUGAUUGCCCGGAUUGUCAGCGGCAGAAUGGAUGCGACAUUCCAGCGCGCAAAUUGAGUGAAGAUAUUCCCAAGAAGCAGGUUGACUGGGAGAGGAUUGCUGAAAACAUGCAAACACCCAAAUGGUUGUUUGAUGGACGGUGCAUCAUAGAGACCAAGAAGAUGACCAAAUUGGGUAUUCGAGUCGAAAGCAUUGGCUCUUCGGGCGAUGCCUAUUAA